AUGGCUACUCUUUAUAAAGCUCAUCUUUUUAACGAAUAUUUAAAAAUACCUCCUAUAGAAAAUAUAUUUUUGCAAAAACAGGAAAUACAAUUGCUAUGCCACAUACUAUUAAAAAGAAAAAAAAAUAAAAUUUAUUUUCAGAACAAUUUAAAUAAAGUUUACACAAAUAGAAAAAUUAUUAGUAAUGAAAAUUAUAGUAGAAUAAAAUUAAGUGAAAAUGAAGCUUCCUUUAUCAAUAAAAGCUUUAUUGAAAAAAGAAACAUUAAAAUUUAUAAAAAAAGGAACUUAAAUGGGUUAAUUAGUAGAAACAGAAUCAAUUAUUUAUCCAUGUUCGUUAGAAAAAUGUCUUCUGGAAAUUAUGUGCCACAUAAUCAUAAGUCAAAUAACAAUAUUUAUUUAACAAAUAAUUUCUUAAAUAAGAAAAAUUUAAAAAAAGAAAUUUUAGAUAUCCAUAAAAAGUUAACAGAGAAUUCUUUUAUUGAUAAAAAAAAAGAGGAAAUUUAUUAUUUAUUAAAGAGUGCAAUAAAGCCAAAUUUGAAAGGAAAAAUUUAUUUUGUUGGUUCAUGCGAAAAUAAUAUAUGGAUAAAAAAUUCAGAUAUUGACUGUUGUAUAGUAGUAGAAAAUUGUGAAGAUAAAAAUUCUUAUUUAUAUAAUUUAAGAGUUAUAAAAAAUGCAAUCAAUUUAAUUUAUCCAUCAUUAACAAUAAAUAUAAUUAAAGCAUCUGUUCCAAUAGCUAAAAUAUAUGAACAACAAAAUAAUAUAUGUGAUAUUAGUAUUAACAAUACAGCAGCAAUAGUAAAUACAAAAUUUGUUUCUUCUCUAUGUAAUAUAGAUGAAAGAAUUACAAUAAUAAAUAGAAUAAUCAAAUACUGGGCAAAACAAAAAAAUAUUAAUAACAGAUCUCAAGGUACUUUUAGCUCUUACGCUUUAUUUUUGUUAACUUAUUAUUUUUUUCAAAAUUUAAAUGUUCCAUUAUUACCUUCAUAUAAAUCAAUAGAAAGGGAAAAUGCAUCUUCUUUUGAAAUUAAUAGUGAAUAUUUCUUUUUGCAAGAUGAAGUACAGAUGCCAUUUUAUACAAAUAUAGAAGAUAUAAAAUCUAAGUUUCCUAAUUUAAAACGAAACAAAGAAGACAUUUCAAAAUUACUGUAUGGAUUUUUUGAAUUUUAUUCUAAUGAUAUUUGCAAAAAUGGAAUUACACUAGAUAUAUAUAAUAAUCAAAUUAUUGAGAAUAAGGAUAUGACUGCAAAUAUUUAUUGCCCAAUAACAAAAAAAAUUGUAAAUACUUAUAGCAUAAACACUUGGAAAAAAAUGUUUGAAAAAAUUCAAUCAGCUUAUAAUAAAUUAAAAAAUGGAAGUAGUUUAAAUUUAAUUUGUGAAGAAACAAAAGAUAAUACACCUAAUAGAAAAAUAGAUCUCAAAGAUCAUUUAUUGAGAAGAAAAAUUUUUCAAAAUCUAUAUAUGUUUUAA